AUGGCGCAUAGUAUCGAGAACGGCCCUGAUGAUAUCUCUGUCAAAAGGGUAUGGUAUCGUUCAUCACUAUUCAAUGCCUGCGUGAUAGGAGCCGUUGGCUUUCUGGCACCUGGUCUUUGGAAUGCUAUGAACUCCCUCGGUGCUGGGGGUGAGGAGAAGCCAUUUCUUGUCAAUGCUGCAAAUUCUCUUGUAUUCGGCCUGAUGGGAAUUUUUUGUCUCUUCGGCGCACCAAUUGCAAAUCGUAUCGGGCUGAAAUGGACCUUGCUCCUCGGUGCUAUCGGUUAUCCCAUCUACUCUGCUGGACUAUAUACAAACAAUCGAUUCGGAACUGUGUGGUUGGUACUGUUUGGUUCUGCUACCUGUGGUAUCUCUGCUGGGCUUUUUUGGGCCAGUGAAGGUGCCAUUGCCAUUGGAUAUCCUGAGCCGGCCAAACGGGCUCGGUAUCUAAAUAUCUGGGUUUGGUGGAGGACUUUGGGCCCGCUGGUUGGAGACUCAAUUGUCUUAGCUCUUAACAUCAAUUCUUCCGGUAUAGGAAGUAUCAGCCAUACCACGUACCUGGUGUUCAUUGUUCUACAAUGUUUGGCUGCACCGGUGGCCUUCUUGCUCACAUCGCCGGCGAAAGUACAACGAGGUGACGGAUCUCGGGUUAUAAUCGUUGUGGAAAAAUCAUGGAAGGAUGAGUUCAAGGCUCUGUGGCGCACGUGCAAAAAUCCCACAGUCGUCUUACUUCUUCCCAUUUUCUGGGCGGUUUAUUUCAACCAAUAUACGGGCAAUUUCAAGGCUUACUACUUCGGAGUGCGGGCUCGCGCACUCAUGGCCUUUGUUACUGAUGUUGUCACAAUCAUUGGCUCGCAGACUAUGUCGCAUUGGCUUGAUUCUAAGAUUACCAAUGCUAAGAAGCGUGUUGUUUACGGGUGGUAUUGGGUGGUUUUCGUCCAUGUUGUCACAUGGAUUUAUGCUUGGGUCAUCCAAGGAGAAUUUAUAUCCCACCCUCCAAAACUUGAUUAUAAAUCCCCGGGAUUCGUAAAGGGCGCCUUUGCAGUGUGGCUGUGGGCGUUUGCACAACAGACGGCGCAAAACUGGCUAUAUUAUAUUGUCGGCUCCAUGACUGACAACAUCGCGGAGCUUACGCGGUUGACUGGUAUCCUAAGAGGUCAGGAGAGUUUUGGUCAAGCUGUUUCCUAUGGCCUCAAUUCAAAAAAAUGGUACGGUGGUCGUGUACCCAUGGCCGUGAAUACGAUACUUCUAGGUCUCUGUGUGGUACCUACAUGGAUCGUUGUCCAUAGACAUGAUCCAGAAGACUUCACAAAAAAGUAUACCCAACGUCAGGAUUCAGAGGGUGAUACAGCCAGUGGCGAGGAGGUUAUCGUCAGCUCGGAGCUCAAGGCCCAUUCGGCUGAACUUCGCAAAAGCGCCUAACCUUGGAAGCGUAGGGACAUAAUGUAUACUCACAGCCUGAUGUUUAAUAGAUGUCUUGUGAUAUUAGAGGACAUGUAAUAUCCUGCGAAAAAAAAAGGAAUAAAUUUCAAAGCUCACAGUUGGUAUUUCCACGAGAGAGUAGGAAUUAAUCUAGACCCGGACAACGAGCCAUAUCCAUUGACCCGAGAAUUGCCUAUAGGGGG